AUGAUUCAAAAUAUUGAUUAUGAAACCUGUAAAGACGGAAAAAAGCUAGAAACUUUAUUAUUAAAUAAACAUGAAUUGUUAGACUUUAAAGAACUUGUUUAUUUAUUAGAACCUUUUGCGAAAGCAACAUCUCUUAUGGGUGGAGAUACAUAUCCUACAGUUUCUCUUAUGCUUCCGAUAAUUGCAACUCUUCAAGAACACCUAUUUAAAGUAGAAUCAAUACUUACUUACUUAGUUGUUUGUGAUAUUAAAAAUGAAAUAGAACUUAACAUAGCUAAAUUUGCUCCUGAAAAAUUCAAUGAAACAAAAAUAUCUCUAAAGUAG